AUGAAAAAAGCCAUAUCUAUCGUCCAUGCUGAGCCUCCAGCUUUCAAAGCAACCAGCCAUGAGCAGGUACCCCUGGAGUCGGUCUUGUCCCACCCAUGGGAUUUCCUUCGCCCGACAACAUCGCUCCAUGCAUCUGUUGCCAAAUCGGCGAAGCAUUUCCUAGAUCACCUUGCAACUUCCGUCAGUGACUCCCAGGUUGCUCGCCAGCGCAUCAGCCGGAAACGCAAGCGAUCAGAUUUUGAGCAAGAAUUGUCACAGCACGCACUACAGCUCAGGGAACUAUGCGUGCAAGGGUUUGCUUCAAGUCAAAUUUGGGAGCAAGCCAUAAGAAUCCUGGACUCGUCUGAAUGGGAAAUUGAACAUGAUUUUGCACUACUCGCCCACAGUUCGUUGGAAUUAGGUCUUUCGCACUCCCGAUCUGGCACGGAACGUCCCGAGGAUAUCUCACAAGACAACGAUACGGUCCUCUCCACAGAGCCGAGCAUAGAUGACUCAAGCUCCCAGAACGAUGAUGGAUCUGAUAUGGAAUCCAUACCGGAGUCACGGGAUACACCCGAAAAGAAUUCGCGGCUGCAAAUCGAGUUGUACGAUGACCCGGAAAGCGAACACUCCUCACUGGAUUUUGAAGACAAGGAAGAAAGAGGUGAAACUUACCAGCAAGACCCGUUUGGUUUGAAUGACGGUUUCUUUUCAAUUGAUGAAUUCAAUAAACAAUCUGAACUUCUCGAGAGGCAAGAUGCGAAAGGCGGGGCUGCUGACGACGUUGACAGUGACGAGGAGGAGGUAGAUUGGCAUACAAAUCCACUGGCCGUCGGUAAUACGGUUUCUUACAAGGUCGCGAAACAAGCCACACAAGGCCCAGGAAAAAUGCAUACAGGUGGAAGUGAGAUCGAUGACAGCGACGAGGAGGGGCCUACUUUUGAUAAUGCCCCCAGUCAAAGUGACUCGGAUAUGGAUGAUGCUGAUGCCUACGCGGAUGAAGCUGGCGGUGCGAACUGGAUAAAUACGAGCGACAUCAAAUACUCUGAUUUCUUUGCCCCGCCCCCACGUAAAGCCAUCCCGAUGAAAUCACGGCCUCUUCCAAAGACCCAGCCUCGUGUGGCCAUCGAAGAAGUUGAUCUUGAUCGGGCAAUCGCUGAUGUUCGGCGUGAUUUGUUCGAGGAUGAUAUCUCAAUGCAUGAAAGUGAUGCGUCCCACAAUGGGAUUUCCCCGAAUACUCAGCAUUCCGCCCAUGAGAAGCAGCGGGCACGCAUCGCUGACGAGAUUCGUCGGCUGGAAGCAGCCAAUGUUGCUAAGAAAGAAUGGAUGCUUGCUGGUGAAGCCCGAGGCGGCGAACGGCCUAUUAACUCUCUAAUCGAAGAAGACCUGGAUUUUGAGAGAAUUGGGAAGCCGGUACCAGUUGUUACGACGGAAAUUUCUGAGGGAAUCGAGGAUUUGGUCAAACGUCGAAUACUCGCCAAGGAAUUUGAUGAAGUGAUUCGUCGCCGUCCAGGUGCAUCCGAUGUGCAGGGUCUGAAGAAGGGGAGGUUUGAGCUGGAAGACACCAAGCCACAGCAGAGUCUCGCAGAAAUGUUUGAGACUGAUCAUCUUCGUACUACUGAUCCGAACUAUAUUGAUCCCAAGAGUCAGAAGCUUAUGAAAGAACACACUGAAGUUUCCAAUAUGUGGAAAGAAAUAAGUGUUCGCUUGGAUACACUCUCGAACUGGCACUACAAACCCAAAGCUCCCCAGGCGACCAUCAACGUGGUUACCGACGUGGCGACUAUCAUGAUGGAGGACGCGCAGCCAACGAGCAGUAAUGCCACGUUAGGGUCGGCGGCUCUUGCUCCUCAAGAACUAUAUGCGCCAGGUGAUGAUGGCAAGGUUGCCGGAGAAGUAGUCCUCAGAAAUGGAGGAUCAAUUGCCAAGGAGGAAAUGUCGCGCGAAGAAAAGUCGAAGCUGAGGAGAAAGUACAAGAAUGAACGAAGAGCUCACGGCGAAAAUUCCAAGCAACACUCUGGAAAAGCCGCCGAGAAACAGCAGAUCGUCUCAACAUUGAAAAAGGGCGGUGUUAAGCUAGUUGGCAAAGAGGGAGGUCUUACUGAUGUUCAUGGUAUUCAAGCUCGCCAGAGCGGCGCGAAGACUGGUGCCGAUUUGCUUAAACUUUAA